UUAGAAAAACAACGCGUACUUGCCUGUUGAAGGCGUGUGCUAACCUUUCACCUUCGCUUUACGUCAGAAUCAGUGGCGCACAUUGGCUGUUGAGAAGCAUGACAUUUUCAGAGACGGACUGACCAUAAUUUAAAACUAGGCCGAGGCAUUAAAAAAAUGUUGUAUUGUUGAUGAUUUUUGUAUUUUUUAAGGAAAUGCAGUCUAUGUUGGACAAUGUAGCCUACAUAAAGUCAGAAAUGCGUCUCUAACGAAGCAGGCUAGCUGAUACAUUUUCCUCGUUUACGCCGUCUGGCCUCCAGGGUUCGGCAGGGGUGGUCCUGACUCUGAUGACGGGCGGCUGGGCCUGGGGGGAGGAAGAAUGCAGCAGAAACGCAACAUUCAGAUCAUCGAGUGGGAGGACCUGGACAAGCGCAAGUUCUACUCGUUCGGCGUGUUCAUGACCAUGACCAUCCGCGCCACGGUGUACCCGGCCACGCUCAUCCGCACGCGGCUGCAGGUGCAGAAGGGCAAGUCGCUGUACAGCGGCACCUUCGACGCCUUCUUCAAGAUCCUGCGGGCGGAGGGCGUGCGGGGCCUGUACCGCGGCUUCAUGGUCAACACCUUCACGCUCAUCUCCGGCCAGGGCUACAUCACCACCUACGAGCUGGUGCGCAAGUACGUGUCGCGCUACUCCCACAACAACACGCUCAAGUCGCUGGUGGCGGGCGGGUCGGCCUCGCUGGUGGCGCAGAGCAUCACGGUGCCCAUCGACGUGGUGUCGCAGCAGCUGAUGAUGCAGGGCCAGGGCGAGCACCUCACCCGCUUCAGGGUCAAGCCCAAGAUGAUGGUGGCGGCCGGGAAGCACAAGUUGACGUUCGGCCAGACGAGGGACAUAAUCCUGCAGAUCUUCGCGGCGGACGGCUUCCGCGGGUUCUACAGGGGAUACGUGGCCUCCCUCUUGACGUACAUCCCAAACAGCGCCGUCUGGUGGCCUUUUUAUCACUUUUACGCAGAGCAGCUGUCCAACAUGGCGCCCAGUGAGUGUCCUCACCUGAUCCUGCAGGCCAUGGCAGGGCCGCUGGCUGCAGCCACCGCGUCCACCGUCACCAACCCCAUGGACGUGGUGAGGGCCCGAGUGCAGGUGGAAGGCCGGACGUCGGUCAUUGAGACUUUUAAAACACUGCUGGCGGAGGAGGGUGUCUGGGGAAUGACCAAGGGCCUCUCUGCUCGCAUCAUCUCUUCCACGCCCACAGCCAUCGUCAUGGUGGUGGGGUACGAGUCGCUGAAGAAGCUGAGCCUGAGGCCUGAGCUGGUGGACUCCAGGCACUGGUAGUGGAUGCAGGGCCCCACCCCCCAUCGGCCCUGGCAGUGCCUCUCCUGUCUGAUAUCUUUCCCGGGGUCCCCUCAACCCACAUCUCUUUUGUUGGCCUUUUAACUCUUCGUUGCCUCGUGAUGUUUCCUUGCGGAGGGGUGGGGGUAUUUUAACCGUUAUUUAGAUGCCGGGUAGGAUUCAGUCAAAAGUUGGAAGUCACUUUCUCUGACUAUGCGUUUUAUUUUGAAAAAUACAUCAAUCAAUCAAAAAAAAACCAAAAAAAAAAAAAAACCCAAGCAGAGAAAUUUUAUCUGCCUAUUUAAAUUACAAGGUUCAAAAUGGUUUUGCAUUGUAAUGGUCGCAGAGUAGACUUUGAUUGACAUUAAUAUAUACAGACUGGGUACAAUGUGAGUGGAAAGUUAUGUCCUUUUUGAGUUCUCGAAGAUUUUAGCGACCAGAUUCGGAGAACUAAAGUGAUCAUUAGUGCACACUGUUCCCACCACACAGACUCACUCAUAGACAAUCCAAACCAGCGCUGUGUUAAAACAGCAGUAUAUCAGAAUACCUGUAUGUGUCCCUCAGUCCACCACGGAUGAGUGUUUCCUGACAGGGCAGGGGUUCACUUUGCUUAAAAGCACGGUUAAAAUACAGAAAGCCACCAAUGAAGCUCAAGUGCACAAUAUAGGGAAGAGAAUAACAAAAAAAUGUAUACAGUAGCAAGGUUGUACAUUGAUUUCAUCAGCUAUGUUCCUCCUCCGAUGAGAGUUCAAGAGGAAUUACUGUGAUUGGGGGUCGAAGGGGUCCUAAAGCAGCCAUGCUUGAAAUGGUGAGCAUCUCUGGGAAAAGCUCAAGAUUCAAUACAAAAUGUGUGUAUGUAUAUAUAUAUAUAUAUAUAUAUAUAUAUAUAUAUAUAUAUAUAUAUAUAUAUAUAUGGUGGAUAGUUUUGGGCCAAAGUGAGCUUUUUAGAAAUGUAUGUAUUUAGUCCUGAUAGGGCAAGGAUACAGUGGACCUCAUCCUCUCUGCGCUUUUGAGGGUUUUUGAAAAAACACCCCCCCCUUUCAAUGUAAAAGGUUUCAGUUCAUUUCAUUAACCAAUCCAGUCCUCUCACACAUUCCUAAACAGCUUGUUGCAGUAUGGAUCACAGCUUUCGGACAGGUGAUUGUUCAGAGAUGACCCUGCUAUUGAAAUCCUUUCGUUUGCAAGACUGUAUUUAUUUCUUUCCACUAUUUGAAUAUUUCCAAUGGUGACUGAAUAAAGUGAAGUUAAAGGUAUCCAUGUAACUCGGUGAAGGUAAUGUGUCAGAAACUGGGGGUGGGUUCACCGACUGGUUGAAAUAAGUUUCUCACAGUGGACUAACAAAAAACUACAGCAUGUAAUGGCAUGUUUCCAGAUUACGGAGUCUACAACUAGCAGUCAGCUUGGAUUUAGGCGUCUAUAGGUGAACAUUACAGAUCUUUUAACUGGAGAAGAGACGCAGUGUUCUAAUGGAAAGCUGGUGCUCACAUUGAUACAGCUUUUAUGCAUCGUGGGCAUAAAAAAUUAACCAAUGUUCGUAACAUGGAGGUGGCAUUCACGCUGCAAGGUAUCCAGAAAAGCGACUACCUGUGUGAAUCAAAAGAAAGGGUGCUAAAUUAUCAUUCUUUUUGAUUAAGGGGUUGGAGUGCAUGGGAUGAGGGAUAUUAGUCCAGUCCAUUUAGUGCAUACCUUUGUAUGGAGUGCCGCUUGUUCUACAAGCAUGGCUUUCCCAGCACCUUGACAUUCUGGGACGUCAUUUUAACAGAAUGAAGACUUCAAAAUGGAGGCGGUCAACAUGGGGGCCACAGUAUUGUAUCCUCUCUCUUCAGCAUGUGAUCAACUACACUGACUUCAGAAGAAAGAAAAUAUCCAUGUGAAAAGAAAUUGAUGAACUUCAUCAUUAAGUCAUCUGAAUUCUUCACUCUUGACUCUUUUACCUCAGGCCAUGUACAGCGAGACAAGUUCGACAAAGCCAAGACUGUCUUGUGUACACUUCUAAGAACAAUCCUCUUCUGAUGGUAGUGAACCCUCGUGAGAGAAACCUACCCCUACAAGUGUUUUAUUUAUUUUCUCACCUUUUGGUUUUUACCGGUUUCUGGUAAGGGUCCAGGUGUGCCUGUGAAAGUCCAGACAAGUAGGGAAAAGUACUCCAAUGGUGGACUUAAAAUUCCCAUAAGCACUGGUUCAGAACACUGCAAAACAUUUGACUGUUGAACUCACUCCUGGUCAGGUGACUUACCUUCUCAGGUCUUCAGCUGAAGGUGGGGAGGCAUACGGUCCCUUCAGCCUUCUGCACCUGUAAAUACACGCACCCGAGCGUGCCGAGGGCUUACAAAAGCCCCACAGAUCCCUCAGACUAGCGGAAUAACUAACGAUGUUUAAUAAGGUUGUGUACCUGUAGAGGGCGCACUAUACUACAUAGUGACAUAGCUGUAAAAAGAUGUAUGAACAUUGUUUUGUUUUUUUUAAACUAGACAGCGUCUCCCUCAGUGCAUUAUGUGUUGUCCACACACUCCCCAACAUCAUUCUGAUUGCCUCUACCGCAAAGUGGUCCCUUUAUUUAAAUGUGAAGUUUCAGUGACAGUGUCGAACAUUUCUGCAUCCUGAAGUUGUGUGUACUUUAUUCAUGAAUGCGUUUGCUUAAGUAAUAAUUUGCAGUCUCCAAAAGCACAUCUUGUUACUAACAACCUAAUAAAAUAUCAAAUGUGAAACCCCA